AUGUCUACAUUGUCGAAUGUCUCGCGACCUCGAGAAGAGGUCCAAGAUAAUGGCAACGAUGGUGAUGGCGAUAGUAAUGGCGUUGGUAAUGGCGAUGGUGAGGGCGAUGGUAGUGGUGACGGUGCUAGUAGCAACAAUAACGACAGCGAAGAGAAUGGUAAUGAACCACCUAAUGAGGCAGACGAGAGGCCUCGUCCCAGCAGGGCAUGCAUGUGUCGACGCUAG